AUGUUGCACUCGCAGAAUGACGACAAGUCUUCAGAUUACCAUCGGCUCACACUGGACCCCAACACAGCAUAUAAUUACCUCCGUCUGUCUGAGGGGAACAGAGAGGUGACUUACGUGGAAGAGAUCCAGUCAUAUCCUGAUCAUCCAGAGAGAUUUGAGAGCCGGGCCCAAGUUCUGUGCAGCAAGCUGUAUGAGUCUGGACGCUGUUACUGGGAGGCUAAGUGGAGUAGGGAUGAUGAGGUUUCUAUAGCAGUGUCCUAUAAAGAGAUCAGCAGGAAAGGAGGCAGUAAUGACUGCACUCUGGGAUCUAAUAGGAAUUCCUGGAGUUUGCGCUGCAGUCCCUCAGGUUACUCUUUCUGUCACAAUAGGCGUAUAACUGAAAUCUCUGGUCCCCCCUCCUCCAGAAUAGGAGUGUACCUGGAUCACGGGGCAGGAACUCUGUCCUUCUACAGCAUCUCUGACACAAUAACCCUCCUGCACAGAGUCCAGACCACAUUCACUCAGCCCCUCUAUCCUGCGUUUAGGGUUUGGAAUGCUGGAUCUUCUGUAAAACUAUGUGAUCUGGGAUGAGGCAGAGAGUGAAGGGAAGAUCAGCUGUAAUUAAAGAGAGGGAAAAACAUUCACAUGAGACAAAACAAAUUUAUUGUAACUAUUCAACACUCGCUCUCUUUAAUUGCAGCUGAUCUACAGAUGACAGAAAAUGAAUUGAAUGAAAUUAUAAUAGAGGAGAUCUCAAUUCUGUAGGGUUUGAAAUGGGCCCAAAAUUUUCAGCCCAACCUUACAUGACCCCGCCUUCUUUUCAGCCCAACCCUACAUAACCCCGCCUUCUUUUCAGCCCAACUCUACAUGACCCCGCCUUCUUUUCAGCCCAACCCUACAUGACCCCGCCUUCUUUUCAGCCCAACCUUACAUGACCCCGCCAUGCUAACGUUAAUGCUCCUGUUUUGCGGCUGCUGUAUUUAAGCAGGGCAUCACAGUAUUAGCAUUUUACAAACCCCACGCUUUCGUCUGCAGCUCGAUCAUAACACCGUGUAAAAGUUUGUCCAGACCUCAGAUUUUCCUUUUGAUGGCUGCUGUCUCACUUCAUUCUCCCCUGACUAUAACUUCUUUCUCCCCGGCUCUGAGGCGUCCAUUCUGUCACUCACAGAGCUCAGCUUAGGCUCGCUGGCCUACUACUGCCAUCCAGCUCACACAGCGCUCUGUGCUCAAAAUUUAAAGGGCCAGCUACAAAGGGUCCAACCCCAACCAAGCCCUGCACAAAAUGUCAGAAUCAGGGCGUUCUGGUCAGGUUUUUUCAGACCUGGGUGAAAAUUACAAGCUCUACGGUGGAGCUGUGACUUGCAUUGUCGUCUCACAGGAAGAAGGUCUUGAGUUCAAAUCCCAAGGGCCUUUCAGUGUGGGUUUCCUCCCAUUGUUCAAGGACUCCAAAUUGCCAGUAGGAAUGAGCGAGUGAGUGAAUGCUGUGUGUGCCCUGCGAUGUAUUGGCAACCUGUCCAGGGUGUAUUCCCGUCUCUUGCCAACUGCAUGCUGGGAUAGGUUCCAGCACCCUCUGCAACCCUGACCAAGAAUUAGCCAUGUAAGAAAACAGAUAAAUGGGUGGAAUAAAAAAAGAUAAAACUUAAGUUUUGUUCACAUUUAUGCAGACCCUGUCACUCUAAUGCUUGUAUUCCAAUAUUAUAGUCAGCUCCAUAAUGUUUCGGGAAAAAACAUAUUUUUUCUUUAGUUUGCUCUGUACUCCUCUAUUUUAGAUUUGUAAUCAGCGUAUUGACGUUCGGUUAGACUGCAGAUUCUCAGCUUUUAUUUAAGGGUAUUUUAUGCAUUUUGGUUUCACCAUGCCACACAUUACCGUGUGUGGGAUAUGUCAGAGCAUCAUGGUAAUGGCGUUAAUAUGGAGGUGCUGCUGAAAAAUCAUUAAGACACUUUUGGUUUUAUGGCUGUUGUUGUUUUGCAUUAUACUGGGGUGUGUUGGGUUCUACACGCUGUGAUUGUUUACAAGAAGAAUGAAAUAAACAAAUGGUUGUGGUAACACUCCA